CUGUACCACCGUGCCGUGGAUAGGAAGGUGGCGGCAGGGAGGAGUGCUGCAGAGAAAGAGAGACAGAUGAUAGGGAGAGAAAGAGGCUGGAUCUAUCUUGCCUAAUCCCUCAGCUCUGUCUGCGUGCCGCCUGUGUUGACAAAUGCUCUUCAUCCAUAGGCUACCAUAGCUCAGAUUCAAGGGUGACUGAUGCACUUCUGUGUAGUGUAGCUUUGCUGUGAGACUGGGACAUCACUGAGUACUCGUAAACUUCACUUUGACUCCAUCCUGGAAAACUACACUCUGUUUGGAAUUUUGCCCAUCUUCCACAAAAACACACAUCGUUCCCUUUUCUGUGUGUUCUGGAUAGCCGCCUCAAGCUGGCAGUUCUUCACUAACAAUGCAGGCGUGGCCACUGGAGACACGUUUCAGACUCGAGUCACUGAUACUCCACUGCAGUCGCCCACAUUAGGCCAUGAGACAGGCAUGCAUUAUUCCACACUGACUGCAAAAAAUCAACAAGUGCAAUAAGUGUGGCAGGUGACUCUGACUGAACUCAUUUACUCGUCAUGCUCUAACUGAAGGUUUAUCUCACAUAUUGCAACCUCCAUUACUAGAGGUCGAGCAACCUCAUUAAUCUCACAAAACACAUCAGCAUACAGAUACGCCAUUUGGUGUAAACUCGGUCAGCCCAGAGAAGAUAGAAGCAGGCAGCAUGGCUGACCGUUACCAAAACAACGUAUACCAUCAAAGUGGCAGUGACAGCUAUGGGACGUAUGGAGAAGAAGCUGGCGAUGGUCAUGAUGGAUAUGGUUACCAGGCCGAAUACCCUCCGCAGGAAGAGGAUGCUGCUAGUGAUGUGACUGAAGGUCAUGAUGAAGAGGACCAAAUGUACGAAGGAGAAUAUCAAGGAAUACCACAUCCUGAUGAGGUGAAGGCUGCACAGAGAGCUUCAAGGGCUAAAUCUCGAGCUGCCGGCGCAGUCUCUGAACUGCAGGAGUUAUCGGAACAGUAUGAGGAUAUUAUGGAGGACUGUGGCCAUGGGAAGUUCCAGUGGAUGCUCUUCAUGGUGCUGGGCCUGGCUCUGAUGGCUGACGGAGUCGAAUGUUUUGUGGUUGCCUUUGUUCUACCAUCUGCAGAAAAGGAUCUAUGCCUAUCCAAUGCAGAGAAAGGGAUGUUGGGUCUGGUUGUCUUCCUCAGUAUGAUGGUCGGCGCGUUCGUGUGGGGUGGUCUGGCGGACAAAGUUGGCCGUCGACGCUGUUUGGUUGUGGCAUUAGCUAUCAACUGCAUCUUUGUAUUCCUGUCCUCGUUUGCACAAAGCUAUGGCUUCUUCCUCUUCUUCAGGCUGCUGUCAGGCAUCGGCAUUGGUGGCACAGUGCCAAUCGUCUAUUCGUACUUCUCUGAGUUCCUUCAGAUGGACAAGCGAGGAGAGCAUCUGUCCUGGUUGUGUAUGUUCUGGAUGAUCGGUGGGAUUUACGCCUCUUUCACUGCCUGGGGAAUUAUUCCCAGAUAUGGUUGGGGGUUCAGCAUGGGCACAGAGUUCCAGUUUCACAGCUGGAGGUUAUUUGUUCUGGUUGCGGCUCUUCCUGCCAUAGCCUCUCUGAUCGGACUUACUUUCAUGCCUGAGAGCCCGCGUUUCCUGCUUGAGAAUGCCAAGCAUGAUGAGGCAUGGAUGAUUCUGAAGCAGGUCCACGACACUAACUGGAGGGCCAAAGGACAGCCAGAAAAAGUCUUCACUGUUACACACAUCAAGGCUCCUAAAACAGCAGAGGAUGAGUUAAUCGAGAUCCAAAGUGCAACAGGAACAGCUGUGCAACGAUGGGCAGUCCGCUCCCUUACACUCUGUAAACUGGUGGUGAGGAACGUCGUAUCUCUCUUGUCUGCUGAACUGAGGUUUGCUACUCUCUUCAUGGCCAUUAUCUGGUUCUGCAUGGCUUUCAGUUACUAUGGCCUUUCUGUGUGGUUCCCAGACAUGAUCAAGCACCUUCAGUAUGAAGAGUAUCAGUUAAAAGUCAAGGUGUUCCAUAAAGAAAAAGUAGAGAACUUUCAUUUCAACUUUUCCUUGGAGAACCAAGUCCAUAAAGAAGGGGAAUACAUCCAUGACAAGUUCAUCAAAAUAGAGCUGAAGUCAGUCAAGUUUGAGGACUCAUUGUUUGAAGACUGUCACUUUGAGGACAUCAGGUCCACUGACACGGUGUUUGAGAACUGCACCAUACGCAACACGUUCUUCACCAAUACAGACCUGAAGAAGAAGUUCAUUGACUGUAAAAUGGAAAACAACACCUUUGAGCACAACAAACGUGGCUGCCACCUUGACACUGUUGAAGAGAAUGACGUCCUCAUAUAUUUGGUCAGCUUCCUCGGCAGUCUGGCUGUGUUGCCUGGCAACAUCAUCUCUGCCCUCUUCAUGGAGAAGAUUGGCAGAGUCAGGAUUAUAGGUGGCUCCAUGCUGAUCUCCGCGGGCUGUACCUUUUUAUUGUUCCUGAGCUUCACCCAAUCAGCAAUCAUCGCUUUACAGUGUCUCUUCUGUGGCGUCAGUGUGGCUGCAUGGAAUGGCAUCGAGGUGGUGACAGUGGAACUGUACCCUGCUUCUAAAAGGGCUACAGCCUUCGGCGUCUUGAAUGCUCUCUGUAAGCUAGCUGCGGUUCUUGGCAGCUCCAUCUUUGCCAGUUUUGUGGGUAUCACCAAAGCCAUCCCGAUCCUGCUGUCCUUUGCUGCGUUGGUCUGCGGCGGUCUGGUUGCCCUCAAAUUGCCUGACACACGAGAGAAGAUCCUCCAGUGAGGUCUGUUAAAAAGAAGAGUGUUCCAAGACCUGCGUACAGUGUUUGCUUGAUGUGGAAGUCUUUGCAGCACCACUGGACUUUUACUGCACUUUUCUUUCGAAAGCAAGAACGCAAACAGCUAACACCUUUAAAAUCUAAAAUGCCAUGUUGUGAUGUUUUUCAUGUUGAGCAAUGAGCUUUCAGGGGCUGAUUAGUACUUGUGUGAUUACAAAAAAACACAGAUGGAUAGUUUGUUUUAAGGCUCAGGCGUCAGGACGAUGUGUGAAAGUCAUAUUCCAGAUGAUGCUGUUACUUGAGUGACCAUAAUUACAUCAUCCAUUCGGUUAUCAUUCCACCUGCUCUGUGUUGAAUGCAUGAUGGGGAAUGACAUCACAAACAGACAACCUUUUUUGGAAAAGUCUAAAGACCAGAAGUUUGUCAAUAUUUACAUUUACAGCGGUGGACAACUACCAACCUCAUGCUGUUUGUCCAAAUAUUUCUAAAGGGGUCUCUCUCUAAAAUGGUGUGAACAAUGUCAUAUUUGACUUUCAGUAUUGUUCUAUUUUCUCUGUAUCUUCAAGCAGUUUCUGAUCCUAAUAAGUAAUAGUUUUAUUAACUGGCAAAUGAAAACAAAACUAUUGUAUGUCAAUAGCAAUGGCAAUAGAUAUGUUUGACAUCAACCGUCUGUGUACUAUCAUUAAUAAACUUCCCAAUCAUAAUGGUGGCAUUAUAUAGACACUGUCAGAUCGGUGAGUGAACAAUAUAUUUAUUUUGUGUUGGCAGUGUACAGCAUCAUGCUGAGAGAUGUUAAGUGUAUGCCAUGGUUCCAUGUCCAAACACAGACAUAUCCAAUGUUCUAAAUGUACAGUGCUCUUGAACAUGUCACGAGGUUCCUUUGAAAUGGUGAAAAAGAUCAGAGAUAUGAGUGCUUGUCAAAUUCCCAAAAAACAAUAAAACUAGAUAUUAAAUGAUUACAUAAUAUAUGCAGAUAUCCAUUUUAAAAAAUAAAACUGACCUCAAUCCUAAGCAUAUUGUUUGAGUAAUACUCACCUGACAGUGUUAGUCAAAAUUAGAAAAAUGACUUCUAUAAAGGCAAAAAAAUAUUAGUAUAUUCCCAACAUUGACGUGUAAGUGAUUUAAUGGGAGCAAACGUGAUGAUAAUUGAACUGGAUUUUCAUCAAGGCAUACAAUGUAAAAUAUAAGCAUACUUAUUUACAGAUGUCCAACAGUUCCCAUGUGCUUCCCAUUUUUUGGAGGUUUGGAUCAGAUUGUUAAAUGGUGGUGAUUUUAGCAAAAGGCAAGGUGGAGACAUAUAAAACACUUGGGGCCUGAUCUACUAAGAUCCCAAAUAAUGAGUGCUAAAUUGUGUCAACAAAACAAAAAAUCGCACCUACUAUUAGUGCGCGUGCCAUUUUUAACAGGUUCGAAAGUGUUGCCAGUCACCGUAUUUAAAUGAGACGGUGGGCAGAGCGAUCCAGAUGCAGUGCUGUUCCACCAGCUCUAAAAUGGCAUUGCUGGAUAGAAAAUAUGUCUACUAUUUUUAUUUCUGACAGUCCAGAUAUGUUGACAAGUGCACGGAAGAGUCUUUCUCUGUGUCGUCUAUCAUUGCACCUACGCCUCCUCCACAAUGACCGCAGCCAUUUGUGCGUAACGCUAGCGUUUGCACCUGCCUUUCAAACGCGCUAAAAAUAAAUGCAGAAACACCGACACACAGUGAGUGUUAAGUUAUUACAUUUGCACCUGCUCUUAUUUUGUGACUUCUGAUAAUGUGCAUCUAUUCUGCAUAUUCAAGAAGGCAAACAUACUAUUUUGCUCAUUGGAGAAAUGCAGUCUGUUAGUAGAUCAGCUUUGCGCCCGUUAUUAAGAUGGCACCUGUUUUUAUACACGCAAACCUUUAGUAGAUCAGGCCCUGGGUCUUUUUGUCAUGCAUGGUCAAAUGAUAUACAAAUACCAUAUUUACACUGAUGCAAAGCUCUUUUUGUAUAUCAGUAACACACCCCAACUAACUGCUGCGUGUGCGUGCGUGUGGAUGAUGCAGUCUUUGUUGUUAUUUUUCUUGUACAGUUUUGACGUCGACAUGUAUUUUUGGAUUGGUGGGCUAGUGAUUGACUGCAUGACUGUCUAAUGUUUUCUCUUGGCGUGUUUAUGUCUGUCAACAUGUGCAAGCAUCUGUCUCCUUGCCUCCCUUGCCCCUUCCUGAGAACUGAGAACUGUUGAUUGUGGAUCUAAAUUAUCAAUUUCUCUGCAUGCGACACACAUUUCAUAUUACUCUGUGUGAGAAGCUACAUGACACGUUGAAACAUUCUCCAAAGAGAAGAUUUCCUUGUUUGUUGACUCUUCUUCCCAAACAAAAAUAUACAUUCUGCUGUUAAAAGAACUCCCCCUACACCGCUUUGUUUGUAUUCAAGUCAACAGAACGAUGGUGUUGCUGUUUAUUUGGAUAGCAAUCACUGAACUACUCUACUAGAAUCUUUACACAGGUGUUGGUUACCACUGCAGCAUGUACAGGUAUGACAUCAUGAAAUCACUGCUGCGUAAGACGGGCCUCUGACAAUAGCUACCGCACUUGAAAACAAUACCAGUGAUUCUAUAGGUACACUCCAUCAAAAUACAAACCUUAGAUCAUUGGUUUUUAAUCACAAUCUAAGUACUAAAGUCCAACUCCUAGAAAAACAAAAUAUUCCAUAUUAGUUCUCUACAGGCAUAUUGGGCUAAAAAACAUUUUUUUUAAACAUUGCUUAUAUUUUCAUAUUUCAUGCUUUACUGCUGGCUGAGAUGUGCAAAGGUGUUUAAUUCAUUAUUUAUUGUAUUGUGUUGCUGCAGUGCAGCUAGAAAGCGUAAAUCAAGGACGCUGAGAGUCUUUGCUUUUCAUUGACCAUGUUUACAUGCACACAAAUUCCGGUUAAGGUUCGUAUUCUUUUUAGGACAAGACAUGUUUGUGUCUGUAAGAAAUAAGAACAUUCCGUGUGAUUACAUGUCCAAAUAUCGUAGGUAAGGACGUCUUGAAGUCAGACGAAGACGACAAAAAGCCAGACCCCAAAGACAAAAUUCUUGCCUUCAUAUCAAAACCAUUACUUGAUCAAUUGAACGAACGAAACUGACUUGUUUAGGUUUUUCAGAUACAUCUAGAAAAGUUUAUCUAUCAUUACAUUGGUGUCCUCCUCACCGCCGAUGCCAUCCAAACAAAUCCCACAAUCCGACUAACCAUUUAUUCAGGCAUAUGCCAGGGGUCCGAAUUGGGUUUUUAAUAAUCGGAAAAUGACCUUGAUUGGGAAUUGGCAAUUUGAAAAAGGUGUUUGCAUGUCUCAAAAGUUUUCAAACUGGAAUAUUGUGUGCAUCUAAAUGUAGUGAUUGUUUGAUGUAUUGUCAAAACACCAAUAAUGAAAUAUCUUGUGACAAUGAAAGCGAAAUAACCAACCAAUGGUUUAUAGCAUUUUUUGGUUUCCCUGUGUCUUCAAUUGUGUCUGGAAACAGAGAAAGCAAAGGCCACCAUUUGUUCUUUGUUUUAGUGAUUGUCUUUCAUGUCAUAGGUGCUUUGAUUUGGAUGCUAUUUAUUAUUACAUGUGUUUAUUUGUGGCAAUGACAAAUCAGACCAUUAAAUCCAAAUUGUCAGUGCACUAUAAUUGGG